AUGACGUUUCCCGGCUCGCUGCCGGAUGUGGCGGAGCGUUGCGGCCGCUGGGCACCGGACUCGCUGUCGGCGUCGGCCUCGGGCAGUUCAGAUGAGAAGCCGACGCCGCGGCGGCCUCGCUGGCGCAUAGCGCUCGCGGCGCUCGUCGUGUUGGCUGCUCUCUGCGCUGCACUCGCUCUGCCCCUCGUACUUGGUGGCAGCGGCCGCGAGACACCGGAGCAACGACUCACCACCAUACGCCGCAUGUUACGAGACUCACCUCUCGUCGACGGUCACAAUGACUUGGCUUGGAACAUUCGAAAAUUUCUCCAUAACAAAAUUAGUGAUUUUAAUUUGUCAGCCGGUCUCGAGGGCCUAGAGCCGUGGGCGCGCUCGCGCUGGUCGCACACGGAUAUCCCACGGCUUAGACUCGGUCAGGUCGGCGCACAAUUUUGGUCUGCGUAUGUGCCAUGUGGUGCGAGAGACCGCGACGCCGUCCAACUCGCUCUGGAACAGAUGGACGUUAUCAAGCGAAUAGUAGAAAUGAAUGCUGCACACCUCGCAUUGGUGACCGAUGCAUCGGAGCUUUUGGACGCACAUCGGGAGGGUAGAAUUGCAUCUCUCAUUGGUGUCGAAGGUGGACAUGCUCUCGGCGAUUCGCUCGCUGUUUUACGGGCGUUCUACCAACUUGGAGCUCGAUACCUUACAGUAACGCAUACGUGUGAUAAUAGAUGGGCGCGCGCCGCUGGCACCUCAGGUGGACUCACAGAGUUCGGUCGCGCUGUCGUACGUGAAAUGAAUCGUCUCGGAAUGAUCGUGGAUCUUUCACAUGCCGGCGAAGAGACCGCGCGGGACGCUUUAGAGACGUCACAAGCCCCCGUAGUGUUUUCACACUCUGGCGCGGCAGCAAUUUGUAAUUCAACACGAAAUGUUCCAGAUGAAUUGCUAAGAAUGAUCGCAGCGAAUGGAGGCGUGGUAAUGAUAAAUUUUUAUGCGAAAUUAGUAACAUGUGGCGAAAAAGCGACGGUGGAAGACGUGGUGGCCCAUAUCAAUCACGUGAGAAGGGUGGCGGGAGUGGAGCACGUGGGUCUCGGGGCCGGGUACGACGGAAUCGAUGCGCCACCCGAGGGGCUGGAGGAUGUGUCGCGGUAUCCGCACCUGUUGGCUGAGUUGUUACGCGACCCCGACUGGAGUGAGGAGGACGUGCGCAAGCUCGCCGGCAUGAACGUGGUCCGCGUGUUGCGGCACGUGGAGCGCGUGCGUGACCAGUGGAGGCGCGCCGCCGUGCUGCCGGGUGAGGAGUCGGCGGGCGCGCGCCGCGGCGACUGCGUGUACGGGCCCGCGUGA